UCCCCAGUUGUGACAAUCAAAAAUGUGUCCAAAUAUUACCAAAUAUCUCUGCAGUGUGUGAGUGUGUGAGUGAGUAUGUGUGUGUGUGUGUGUGUGUGUGUGUGUGUGUGUGUGCAAAAUCUCCCCCAAGAAGUUCUGCUUUCGUGGUUAAGAGCAAGGGACACUGGGGUGUGACUGCCUAGAGAUGAAUCCCAAUGUCUGCAACUUGCACGAGCACCGAAUGAGUUAAUAAACAGAUAGUCAGACCAUAUAAUCUGUCCUCCAAACCGGGGCAAUUUGAGAGUGAAAGGGAGUUCUAACAAUUUCAUAACCUGAGACUGUCUUUGCAAAUGGGUAUGUGUGGUUGGUCCAUAAGACGAUAUAGUGUUGAGUAUCGAGCCUGACCUGGUGUCUGCUCGAUGACCAUUGAGCUAUGUGCUCUACAUGCAGGAACUUCAUUUAACUCACCCCGCAAAAAGGCCUUAUGAGGCUGGUAUUAUUAUUAUAGCCUUUCUAUAUAUGGAAAGACUGAAGAACUAGAAGCUAAAGUUCAAGGUCACAUGGUGGUUGUGCAGCCAAGAUUCGUAUCCUGGCAGGUGAGUUUCCAAACCCGUGUUCUUAACCACUGUGCCCACAUGUGCUCAGUGCUCAGGGAAACAGCGCUCCCCAAUAUCCGUGGGACCCCACAUGAAGUGCUAGCUCUAGGUCACUCACAGUUUCAACAUUAAAUCCACUUAUAAAGCUGGGUGCUCAGGGUUCAUUGUGAUUAAAAGCAGAUACAUGAAAAUCACCGUGGAGCAGGAAAUGUGGGUGGCAGUGCCCAAUCUCAUUCCCAGUUUUGUAGAGCUCAACAGGUGCACCAUCCCAUUAGGAAGUUUCUAAGAAUGAAACAAAAAUGUUAUUUUUCCAUUCAUAUUUUUUGUUUACCCGGAUGCCUACUAAGUUGUUAGGACAUAAAGUCUUGUUAAGUCAUUUGGAACCAGCUGCCUAACAAAUGGAGCUACUCGUUAUUUUUUGGCCUAGGGGUGCCAUGAAGGCGAUGGAAAGGAGAAAGCUUGGGAACCUCUGCACUCACCCUUUUACCAUUGGGAGAGCCCUGGAGGGUAGUCAUGGAGAAGUCCUAGCCCAGAGCCCUCACCCUGGUUAUCCACUCUGGGGAAACCUUUCUGUCCCCAUGUCACUUCAGCCUGGGAUAAUGGAAUUGUCUCUUUCUCUCUUUCUUCUCCCACACACAGCUUUCCUUUCCCUCACACAAAACUAUUGUCCUCUGACCCCAGUCAGGCCACACCCCUUUCCAUCUGAGUUCCCUUAAUUUCAAUCUCUUGCCACUUUUCAACUGUGUCAGGAAGCAAACUGGUUAGUUUACAACUUGAAGUUAGUCAAGCUUCAAGUGGAACAUCUCCCAUUGACAUGCAAACUGCCCCUCAGGUCAGAGGUCACAUUGUCAACUCAGACCCAUAUGUCACAGUAAUACGCAGACCCACAAACGCACCCCUCCCCUCAGAAAGCACUGAGACUGCCACACUGGACCCUUCGUAAAUACACAGAGACACUCACAGACAGAAGGGCAAGUGGGAGAGGCCUGGCAGUGUGGCUAAGGGAGGGGGGUGAUGGCAUGGGUGGUGAGGAAGUUGGCACUGUUAGGGCCACAAGUGCACUUUACACUCUCUAACUGCCUGACUUACUAGAACAGAAAACUAGAUGGCAUGGGCGUGGUAGGAAUGUGUGGGGCAGAGGAGGGGACAUGGCUUUUUAUUACUGACCAGGGGCCUCCUUGGACAAGUCACUGCUUUCUGUGCCAUAGUUUCCUCAUCUCUAAGGGGGUUUAAUUUCUCCUUGCUUGUCAAACUGGGGUGCCUGCGGCACGUUCACAGCCUGUGUGUGCACCUGAGAGCCCUGGGAUGUCCUUCUAGGGUGUCAAAUUUAUUCAAGGUCACUCUUUUUCCUCGAAGGCAUUUUAUACCAUUGCUCAGAAUGCAAAAUUUACGUGCAUUUUCAUUUCAGUAGCUAAUAAUUGAUGACACUUCCCAGGAAAUUACUGUGUGGUGAGUGCUGUGUUAAUCUCUUUAUAUGAUCCUCAUAAUUACCCAAUCAGAUGUCUUAUUCUUCCCAUUUUGUGGAUUAAAAAACUGGGGCACAGAGAGAUGAAACACCCCCCCCCUAAGUCACACGUUAUUAAGCAAUAAUAAAACAAACAAUCCUCCCCCUAUCACCUCCCUCCAAAUCUGGAUCCAUUGCAAGGUGCUUUAGAAUUUACCCCCUCAAACCCCUGCGGCUUCUUUGGUGAAGCCUGAACAGCGCAGGCCGAAAUGACUUCCAAAGUCCUGCUCCGACCGACACUCCUGGAUCAAUUUUAGCUAAAUCGGUGGAUGAAAGGCUUCAGCGCACCGGGUGCCACUGGAGUAUGGGAGAGGCUGGAGAGGCCUCGGGGGUUCUGAGGGUUCCCUAGGUGGGGUUUCUCAGCCCGUGGGGCGCUCCCAAACCUGCCAGUGGACGUGAAAUCCCUUUCUAGACGACCAUCUUCCGGCCCAGCGGGACGUUCCAGCCGCGGCGUGUUCCCAGCCCGGCACUUCCUCGUUCCCGCGCGCCCGGGCUCGGCUGCUACGCCCAGCGCCGGCGCUCCUCGGUCGGGAGGGGGUCAGAGGGGAGGUGUCGCAACCGCCUCCCUCCCUCUUCCCAGCUUGGCGCGCAGUCACCUCCCAGAUGAGCGCGCUCGCAGACAGCUGCGGGCCGCCGGCCGCCGGGCAUGUCCCUUGAUUGCGCGCUGGCGGCGGGCACUGGGCCCCCGCGCAUCCUGGAGCCGGACAACCGAACACGCUUCUCCUUCUUCUCCGAAGUCAAGGGCGACCACCGGCUGGUGCUGAGCGCCGUGGAGACCGUCGUGCUGGCGCUCAUCUUUGCGGUGUCGCUGCUGGGCAACGUGGGCGCCUUGGUGCUGGUGGCGCGCCGACGGCGCCGCGGCACCACCGCCUGCCUGGUGCUCAACCUCUUCUGCGCCGACCUUCUCUUCACCAGCGCCAUCCCGCUCGUGCUGGCCGUGCGCUGGACGGAGGCCUGGAUGCUGGGCCCGGUCGCCUGCCAUCUGCUCCUCUACGUGAUGACCCUGAGCGGCAGCGUCACCAUCCUCACGCUGGCGGCCGUCAGCCUGGAGCGCGUGGAAAUUCUGAUUUGCACACUGGUGUGGCCCAGCAUUGCCGGAGAAAUCUCCUGGGAUGUGUCCUUCGUCACCCUGAACUUCUUGGUGCCAGGGCUGCUCAUUGUGAUCAGCUACUCCAAAAUUUUACAGAUCACCAAGGCGUCGCGCCGGAGGCUGACGGUGAGCCUGGCGUACUCGGAGAGCCACCAGAUCCGCGUGUCGCAGCAGGACUUCCGGCUCUUCCGCACCCUCUUCCUGCUCAUGAUCUCCUUCUUCAUCAUGUGGAGCCCCAUCAUCAUCACCAUCCUGCUCAUCCUGAUCCAGAACUUCAAGCAGGACCUGGUCAUCUGGCCGUCACUCUUCUUCUGGGUGGUGGCCUUCACGUUCGCCAACGCGGCCCUGAACCCCAUCCUCUACAACAUGUCCCUGUUCAGGAACGAAUGGAGGAAAAUUUUCCGGGGCAUCUUCUUCCCAGACAAGGGAGCCAUGUUUACAGACACGUCUCUCAGGAGAAAUGACCUGUCCAUCAUUUCCACAUAAUUAAUUUCUCUCUAGCGGCAGAGUGGGUCCCUCUGGUGAGCCACUGGUGUGUCUUCGAAGGGGGUGCAUCUCCAGGACCCUCACACCAGGGUGCCCUGCUUUAGGAAGAUGUAACCUAUGCAAAUACGUGCAGGGCACCAGUAAAUUAAGGGGUGAUCCUUCAGCAAAAGCAUUGUAUCCUUUAUAAAAGGAUUUGUUAUGGGUUUCUUGAAAUACGAACUUUUUCAGUGUGUUUGUCGUAUGAUUGAAUGUAAUAAAUUUUUAUUUAUACCUGUUCAACAAUCACAUCUCCUGCAUAUAAAGCCACACCUGGCUGGUUUCUGAAGUGAAUCUUACAACUGGUCCCAGACUAAGAUUUCUCUGAAGGGCCACAGCCACUCUAGGUCCCUCCCCUGGACUCGCAAGGCCUCAGGAUCAUUCAUUAAUGUCGAUAAUCCUUGAGGAAUUUCCCAGGACAACCAAAGGUGACUUUUUUGCUUAUUUAUAAGAAAUGCUAUGGACCCCUUUAGGAGAUUUGGUGUCAUGAAAUCAGAUGAUAUAGGAUAACUCCAAUAUUUGAGAUGAGGGGGGGAGAAUGAUCGUAGGACAUACUUUGGGAAGAUGGAGCAAGCAUUAUUUAUUGAUGGAUGGGAUGUACAACGUGAGGGAAAAAGAGGAUGCAAGGGUGACUUCUAGAUUUGUAGACUGACACUGGUUGGAUAGUGGGCCAACCAACAACAAGGGGGGAAGCCUGGGGGUGGGAGAGCCAAGGAUUUUAUUUGAGGCUUGUGUAAGUGUGAAAUCCAGUGAGAUCCAAAUGGAGAGUAGGUCAUUGGAUGCCAGGUUGUGGAGUGUGGGCCUGAAGAUGCAAUGUGGCGAGUCAUCAGAUCGUGUUUACAGGCCUAAGCUUUUAGGAAUUAUUCCUGGGAGAGAAGAGAAAGAAGAAACCAGAGCCAAACAGAACCAUGGGACAUGCCAUCACAUGGAAGUUGGGCCCAUGCGUGGAAUGCACAGUAGCUUGGGGCCUGGUACAUAGCAGGUGCUCAACACGGCUUUGUCGUCAAGUACAUCAGCAGCAGUAGUUCCAUUGCUUGUGGAGUUUCUUGAAUAGCUUCUUCUGAAGCAGGACUUAUGGUGCUCGAGGACAAGAGGACAGGGAUUUUCUGCUCAUCUUUAGCUAAUAGACUUGAUGAAUUAAAACUAUUUUGUUGUGA